UCUUCAUCUGGCUGAAAAUGUGGCCCACACAGUCGGAGCCGCCGGCGUCCCAGCGACGCCCCUCUGCGUCUCCGUCGGCGGCGGCGCGCUCCGCCGCCCCCCCGGGGCUCCUCCGAGGGCGCCUUGUCCCGCUAGGGUAGGACCAACCAGUCGCACCCCCAACCCACGGCGCCGCCGGCCGAGCCGAGCCCUACCUCGCGCCGCGAAUCAGUGUACCUCCUUGCUCACUUUGCUGUAGCUUCUGUGUCUCCAUUUGCUCUGCAAUUCAGUUCUUCCAUGUAUGCGCCGGAGUUAUUCAAUUAGUUCAUUGGUGAUGUGAUAGGAACCUGAAAUUUAGUUUGCUCACAUUCUGCAUGAGGCCUCUUUCUUAUUUUCCCACCUCCUGAGCCUCUCUAAGAAAUCAAUUGUUCGCAUAUAUCAUUAUCAUGAGGUACCUGUUUUGACUAUACAUGGUACAUGGUAAGCUAAAAACAUUUUCAGGUGUAGCUGUUUCUCGAAUUCAGCCGCCCUAUAACUGAUGUAGUAAAUUCUCUUUUUCGUGAGUAUAAGAUUCUGUGUGUACAAAGGUACAUUUGGUCGGAUCGGUUAGAACAAGGAUAAGCCAUGCAUAUCAAGUUUCAGCAACAGACACAACGAGCAGAGGGGUUGUUUUUUUGCUGCGAUUAGUUUUGUAAUGUUGUUAGCAGUGCGUGAAGCAUUUUCUGGUUUAUGUAGAAACAGCCGAGCAAGUCAACCUCACAUUGUAUUUGAGAGCAGGAAAUCCUGUAGUCGGACUCUCAUAGGAACCCUUGUAGCAAGUUUCUUGAAGAUAUAAAUAAGAUUGGAGAUAUUGGCCACAUUCCGCAACAUAGUACAAGUACAUUUCGCCCCCAAGUGUAAGUUAAAAACCACAUCUGGAAACCCUACUUCAGAGUUUCGAUAAUUUGGAUGGCUUGAAAUACACAAAAGUUUUUAGUGUUAGCAGGAACUUUGGACAGUGAACAGAGACCCUUGCAACCAUAUCUUUAUCUUUAUACCCUGCAGCUAGCCAACCACAAGCAAAGAACUGAUUUAUUGUCUUUAGUGAAAGCAAAAGGUAAUCCUCUCAAUGAAAGAGGGGAAGUAAAGCAAAAGGAAAGGAUAUUACCACUUUCUUUUAUUCUGUCUAAGGUAUUUGUGCACAUACACAUGCACAAGCACCCCUAAUAUUUUGUCGCAGCAUGUAGCCUGUCCCUUUUUUGCUCUCCAAUUUGUCCCAUCUUGUACUGGCACGUGGAAGUUCCAUUUGGCUACAGACCCUAUCACUGUUGGGGAAAUCGUUAACUGGUAACUUAUCGGUCAGCUGGCGAGUUGGGGAUUAAUGGACUAAUCGGCCAGUUAAUCGGCCAGUUAAUCAAUUUAUCGGCCGGAUUAAUCAGUUUAUCGGCUACUCGGUGGCCCUCCGAGUAGGGAUUAAUCGGCCAGUUAACUGGUUAAUCGGCCGAUUUUUGUAACAGUGCCCUAUACGUACUACAUAUUAUUCAAAUUAACAAGUCAGGAACAGAUCAACGACUGGUUCAGAAAUUAACCUGGAGAUUGUUGAAGAACUGACGAGUGACGACCGAUCUUAUGCUUGGAAUGGAAUUAAUCUAGCGGCUAGAGAUCGGCGGAUCCGACCAAUUCAUCAUGCGAACGGAGGUUAUCAAGGCGGACACCAUUGACUUGGCCAUCAGAAAAAUUCUUUAUGAACUUGCGGCGGAUACAACGAACAGCAGAGAGAAUGCCAUCUACUUUGAUGGCUGGGAUGGGCUUGGGGCAUCUACCGUCCUACAAGCCAUAGCCAAACUCUUCACAAUAGAUGAGCUGGCAACAAAUUCGGUGGGGCUGGAGUUUGAAAAAAUCAUCCACAUUGACUGCUCAAAGUGGGAGAGCAGAAGAGCAAUGCAGAGGAAAAUUGGAGAGCAGCUGCAGCUUCCCACCCAAGUGAUUGACAUGUUCAACAAGCAAGACGAGGAGGAUGAUUUUAACGGUUUAGACCAAGGCUCCCGUGGUGAGGUAGCACAAGUUACCAUAGCAAUUUACCAAACCAUACAGAAUCACAGAUUCCUGGUGAUUCUGCACAAUGGAAGCAAUGAGGAGAUUGAUAUACUCAAUUUUGGACUUUCUCUAUAUGGAUAUGCAAAUAGCAAGAUGCUGUGGACAUUCCAAGGGAGGUUUCGUCUUGACCCCAAGAUGAUAGACCAUGUGAAGAAGAGCACAUUGACACAUGUUCUUCUUUCAGCUUCAAGAGAUGAGCGAGAUCCUUGGGAGCUUUGGUCGUAUCUAGUGCGCCAUGAUGCUGCACAAGUUUCUUGCCAUAAGCAUGGCUUCAUCCAUCCAGCGAUUGCUACUGACUGCGUCUUGUAUAUGCUUAAACAAUCCUGGAUUGGCUCUCGCAUCAAUGACUGCGACUGGGCUAUCCACACCAGUAACUAUUGGAUAUGUGAUGGUGUCAUCGCAGUGACAAACAUUGACAACGCAUGGCAAGUUGGCGAUGCUUUGCAGGGUGAGAUGCCACUGUUUAACAUUUGCACCCAGCACAACAAUGAUGAAUCAGCAGUAAGUGCUUCCCAUCACCUGGAAAGGUCUGCUGAGCACACGCCGUACUGGAUUUCAACAACAACUUCAAGUUCCGGUUUUGUAGUGAGCCCAUCCGGUGUAAUUCCUGAGAAUAUGUUUCAGCAUUCGCAGAGGCUCGGCCUGCUCAAGCUUUCAAGGUGUACCUUCAGUUUCUCGUCACCACCCUUCCUUUGUUGCCGCAGCCUGAGAUUUCUGUGGCUUGACCGGUGCAAAGACCUCCUAGCAAGAAGCACCACAAGUCAUCACCCCACAGAGGCAACAAGGAGGCAAAGGGGAUGGAAAACAGCACCACAACCUCGUGGGAAUGUUUCCAAAGCUUGUGGGUGCUUGACUUGCGCUACACAAAUUGUGAUCGUAUCUUGUCUGCAAGAGUGAUGGAUAUCAUGAUCCAGCUCAGGGUGCUAAAUGUGAUAGGAGCCAAGAACUGGGACAUGAGCCAUCUACGGGGACGGCUUCCUAACAUUCGCAAGCUUAGGGUUACAAAGUCCAUGUGCUACUUCAACAACAACAUGUUCUCAGAGAUGGGAAACAUAGAGCUUCUUGAUUUUUCGGGAAAUACCAUCAGCCGAGGCAUGACAAGCUUAUCUGGGCCAGCAAACAGUAGUAGCCUUAAGACUGUCACUAUUGAUGGAUGUGAUGGCUUAGAAAUUAUCUCUUUCAGGAACUGCAAAGAACUGAAGAACCUUUUCUUGACAGGAUCGUUCGGGAGUCUCGAGGAACUGGAUCUGUCAGGCACAAAAGUAAAAACUCUCGACCUUGGAGGAGUAGAAUCCACACACCCCGAGCGGAUCAUCUUGCUGGGCUGCGAGAAGCUCCGUGCAAUAUUAUGGCCAGAGAGUGUAAUAAAAGAGGAAAAAGGGCAGUAUGUGCUGCGGAUUGACACUACCUCAACAUCAGCAUCAACUGAUGGAGGGGAAUCAACACAUGCACAUCCACACUGUGAUCAAUCCCUCCAGCAGCAGAAAGAAAAACUGUUUAAGGAUGGAUGGCAGAUCUCUUUCAUGGAUGCAAGGAUCCUUAGGCCGCUUUCUCCUGGUUUUGCAACCUUACAUCUUGAUAUCUAUUCUCCAGCUAUUCUUGGUGGUUGCGUACAAGGAACAAGCAGUGAUGAACUAGUGCAAGUCCAACCGCAUACAAGUACCAUAAUGGACUCCGAGUACAGAGACGCCGCGAAGGAUGGCCCAGUUGAAGUGAUGAUAAUGUGGGAGUGCCCUGGGAUAAGUACUCGAUGGUGGGACUCACGCAGAACUUGUAUCAUAAAGGUGAUCAUGCACGGGCAGAGCAACAAGCUCUUGGAUGAUGCUCCAAGUGCUAGUAGUAGUGCUUUAUUUUUCCCUAAUUUUAUAUAUGAAGAGGCUACAUCGCUGCACGUUUAUGAUAACUCCUCCAUCACGGUAUCUCCCCAUGGAGUAGGAUGGAAGGCUCUCAGGUGGUGCCGGGUCGAGAGGUGCCCCAAGUUGCACACAGUCUUCCCUAUUCCGUGGGGCAGUCGUUCGGAUUACUUUUAUCAUCUGGAGACCUUCUGGGCGUCCCAACUCCUCUCUGAUGCUACAUCUGGAACAUGCCAAUUAAUAAAACUGCUCCAAGCCUGAGGUUCUUGCACC